AGCAUCAGAUCCACCAUUCCCAAUUUUCCCACAAUCAAAGCAUAAACAAGAAACAUCCAACAGGUUGUAUGUAUUUCCAACCUUUGCUGGUUUUUUGCUUUUCUUAAUCGGCAGGGAUAAGUUUUGGUACAAGAUUUGAUAGAAGGUUCUGUUGUUACGCUUCAUCGGUAAUUUUGCGGGUAAAAGGGCUCUAAAGAUACAACACAAGGGAAGUUACAAAAUGGUGAAGAUCACGGCGUUGAUGGUCCUGAAAUGCUCUCCGGAUGGUUCGGAUCCGAUUAUUUUGUCGAACGCGUCGGAUCUAAGCGGUUUCGGGUUUUUUCAACGGCCCAGUGUUAAGGAGUUCAUCGUUUUCGUGGGUCGGACCGUAGCUAAACGGACACCGGCAGGCCAGAGGCAGUCGGUGCAGCAUGAAGAAUACAAGGUUCAUUCAUACAACCAAAAUGGCUUGUGCGCGUUGGGUUUUAUGGAUGACCACUAUCCUGUCCGAAGUGCAUUUUCUUUGCUCAACCAGGUCUUGGAUGAAUAUCAAAAGAGCUUUGGUGAUUCAUGGAAAACUGUGCAAGCAGAUAAUGCCCAACAAUGGCCUUAUCUAGCUGAGGCGCUGACCAAGUUUCAGGAUCCUGCUGAGGCUGACAAGUUGUUGAGAAUUCAGCGGGAAUUGGAUGAAACUAAAAUUAUUCUUCACAAGACUAUAGACAGUGUCUUAGCUCGAGGUGAGAAGUUAGACAGUUUGGUUGAUAAGAGCUCAGAUCUCAGUGCAGCUUCUCAGAUGUUCUACAAGCAGGCUAAGAAAACCAACCAGUGUUGUACGAUCUUGUAGAUGCUUCAGAAUGGGAUUGCUUGAAUAAGUUACAAGUGCUUAAGCUCAAUUGAUUAAACAUGAAGUUUUACAGGUUGGGUUGUUUAUAUAAUGAAUUUACAUAAAUGUUGGGAGAUUGAAAUCUUU